CCUUCUCAAAACUGUAGAAGCAGAGGGGAAGUGGCUAACCUCACAUCUCUCUUUGUCUUUCCUCUUCUGUAGCCUGUCUCGCCGCGUCUCCUCUUAGAGCCGCUGUUCGUGCUUUAGUGCCUUUGAAACUGUUCCUCUGGUUCGCUGCCCUGACGUAGCGUUGCCAUCACUCACCUCUGCUCUCUCUUCACUUUUUUUGCAGUAGAAAUGUUGAUUGACAGAUGAUUUGACAGAGGAAACCGUCAGUCUCUGUCUUGGUGUGUUAUUAUGGGGAGUGCCUGUUGCAAGCACAAGAAGUCAACUAAAAUAACAGGAGCAACAGCAGCCAUUACAGAUGUGUCUCUUAGCAACACAGACGGGGGCGUGUCCUCCCUGACCCCUCGAUACUGUCCUGACCCCACCCCGACCAUCCCAGACUUCAACCAUUUCCCAUGUGGACCAGUCUUCCCCAGUAGCACCGUCCAGCAGCGGCCCGGAGGCAUCACCAGUGGUGGGGUGACUCUCUUCAUAGCUCUGUAUGACUAUGAUGCACGCACGGAAGAUGACCUCACAUUUCAGAAAGGAGAGAAGUUUCAGAUUAUCAAUAACACAGAGGGCGACUGGUGGGAGGCCCGCUCUCUGGACACGGGACACUCCGGUUACAUCCCGUCUAACUAUGUGGCUCCUGUAGACUCCAUACAGGCCGAAGAGUGGUAUUUUGGGAAGAUGGGGAGGAAGGAUGCAGAGAGACAGCUGCUGGGCCACGGCAACCAGAGGGGAACUUUCCUCAUUCGGGAGAGUGAGACGACCAAGGGUGCCUACUCCCUGUCCAUCCGUGACUGGGACGACACAAAGGGAGACCAUGUGAAGCACUAUAAGAUCCGCAAACUGGACAAUGGAGGAUAUUACAUCACCACCAGAUCACAGUUCGACACAGUUCAGCAGCUGGUCGAGCACUACACUGGCACUAAUGAUGGACUGUGCUAUUUCCUGACCACGCCGUGUCCCAACUCCACCCCACUCACCAUGGGCCUGGGGCGGGAUGCCUGGGAGGUCUCCAGGGAGACACUGUCCAUGCAGAGAAAGCUGGGACAGGGCUGUUUUGGGGACGUGUGGAUGGGCAUGUGGAAUGGUACCACGAAGGUGGCUGUGAAGACUCUGAAGCCAGGAACCAUGUCCCCCGAGGCCUUCCUGGAGGAGGCUCAGAUCAUGAAGAGACUGCGCCAUGACAAGCUGGUGCAGCUUUAUGCAGUCGUUUCAGAGGAGCCCAUCUACAUUAUCACUGAGUUCAUGAGCCAAGGAAGUUUGUUGGACUUCUUAAAAGAUGGAGAAGGGCAGAGUCUCAAACUGCCUCAGCUGGUGGACAUGGCUGCUCAGAUUGCAGCUGGAAUGGCAUACAUUGAAAGAAUGAACUACAUCCACCGUGACCUGCGUGCUGCCAACAUCCUGGUUGGAGACAACCUGGUGUGUAAGAUUGCGGACUUUGGCCUGGCUCGCCUUAUUGAGGACAAUGAGUACACAGCUCGACAGGGGGCUAAGUUUCCCAUUAAGUGGACGGCUCCAGAGGCUGCGCUGUAUGGACGCUUUACCAUCAAGUCAGAUGUAUGGAGCUUUGGUAUACUUCUGACUGAGCUCAUCACCAAGGGUCGUGUGCCGUACCCAGGCAUGAACAACCGCGAGGUGCUGGAGCAGGUGGAGAGAGGGUACCGAAUGCCCUGCGCCCCGGGCUGCCCUGCCUCUCUGCACGAACUGAUGCUGCAGUGCUGGAGGCGAGAGCCCGAUGAGAGGCACACCUUUGAAUACCUGCAGUCCUUCUUGGAGGAUUACUUCACUGCCACAGAGCCUCAGUACCAGCCGGGAGAGAACCUGUGACACACAACACAAAUAGACUCAUUUGAACAUUGACUUUUAUAUUGCAGCAGGCCUCUGACCGUUCAUACCCGUGUCUGUCAUUCACUGCAUAGCUAUAUAACAAUAUACAUAUCAGAUUCAUAGUUAAUUAUCCAUGAAUCACUGCAGACUGUUCCAGACACAUCUCCACCAUGUUGAACAGCAGUCAGAGCUCUGCUGGUCAGGCCUUGCAGAAAUGCUUUACUCUGUAACCAUGACAACAGGGAACUGAAAGAAGAUGUAGAUGGUUGUGUUGGGGUGGGGGCAGGCAAGUUGGUACAAGAUCUUCUCAGCUGCCAUAUAUAUGUUCAAACCAUUAAUUUCUCUUUUAAAGGAAAUAUGGAUUUGUUU